UAAUAAUACUAAUAAAUAUUAUUACUAUAGGUGUAUUUACUAUAUACAGUUUACAAUAACAACAAUAAUAGAAUUAUUGUUGUUGUUAGAGUAGCAUAAUUUAUUGUUAUGACGGUAACGGCGCGGGAGGGGGAGAACAAAAUAUGUAAUUAGUGCAGUUCAUAUCGCGUCCGAGUGUGGCGUGUGUUUGCGUGUGUUUUGGGUUCCGUGAUAUCACUAUAUCAGCGCCGACGGACGACGACCUAAUACCGUAUGCGUCUGUAUUGAAAUUUUAGGACGGUUUAUUUAUUUUUUGUAUCGUUCGCUCGUCUUCCGUCUAUUCACAUACAACUACCUACCAUGGUCUACAUAGCAAAAUGCCGCUGACAUCUGAGAUUCGUCGACGUCUCACUCGGCACGACACUGAGGCAUAAGGUCACGCAACGACGACAACGCUACACCACAGUCGUGACGGACAGUGCGCGACGGCCAUGAGAAACAUUUGUCAGUGUGAUGAAUGAGGACGAGAUAGCUGAUAAAGUAUACGAGGAGAGAGAGAGAAUUGUUGAUCUAUAUAGGAAUGGACCCGGGGACGGAACAAUUAUAGAUCCUGUUGAUGAUCCUGCAUUCAAUGACUAUUACAAACUUGAUAGAUUUGGAUUCAUAAUAUGUGAUGAGUCAAAGUUUAAAAAAGAAGAUCCUCAAGAGAUAAAAAUCGAAGUAACCCGAGAACAAAAAUGGCUGAAAAUGAUCUCCAAUUGGGAUGGUCUGUCCCGAGAAAAACUCAAAAGACGCGUUUACAAAGGCAUUCCAAAUUCAUUACGUGGUAAAGUGUGGGCCAAACUAUUGGGUGUUGAUCAACUCACAGAUGAUCAGAAAAAUAAAUACAAACAUAUGUGUGAGUUGGCAUGGGAGCAUUCACCAGAUGUGAGACAAAUUGAUUUAGAUGUGAAUCGAACAUAUCGAGAACAUAUCAACUUCCGAAAACGUUACAAUUUCAAGCAACAAGAAUUAUUUAAUAUACUAUCUGCAUAUAGUAUUUAUAAUUUAGAUAUUGGUUAUACUCAGGGAAUGUCACAAAUUGCAGCAUUACUAUUGAUGUAUUUAAGUGAAGAUGAAGCUUUCUGGGCAUUAUCUACUCUUAUUUCCCAUAGCAAGUAUCAUAUGCAUGGUUUUUUUAUACCUGGAUUUCCUAAGUUAAUACGUUUUCAAGAUCACCAUGAUAAAAUAAUGAAUAAGUUAUUACCUAAGUUAAAAAAACAUUUGGAUAAAAAUGGAGUUGAAACUGGAUUAUAUACAUUAAAAUGGUUCUUCCAAUGUUUUUUGGACAGAAUACCAUUUAAAUUGACUUUAAGAGUGUGGGAUACAUUUUUACUAGAAGGUGACAAAAUAUUAUCAGCUAUGGCAUAUUGCUUGUUAAAAUUACAUCGCCACCAGCUAUAUGCUUUAGGAAUGGAUGAUAUACUUAAUUUUUUGCAAGUAAAAUUGGAACAAAAUUAUCAACAUACAGCAGAUUAUACCAUAGAAAAACUUCAAGAAUGUCUUAUUGAAUUAAAAAAAUAUAAACUCGAUAAUGCUGGCCUGCCAUCUCCAAGUGAAAAGUUAAAAAGAGAGCUUGGAAUAUUUAAUCCUGAUGAUAUCCCUGUUAGGAAGCCUCAAAUCAAUGGAGUGGAUAAAAAAAGAAAACCCAUAAAUACAGACCAAAUUCAUAGUUCACCUGAACAGGAUUCACAACGUCAAGGUUCAAUUAUUACAAAUGGUAAAAACAGUUUAGAUGAUGUUAGCUCAAUUGUUGGAGACAGUUCUAGACGCUCAUUGCUGGACACAAGUGUAACUUCAGCGGCUACCACUACAGUGUCUCCACAAAGCAUUCAAAAUGAUGAUGCUGGAUCGGAUGUUACAUGUGUGAGCCCACAACUUGAUGUGCUUCGCAUAUAUGUGCCAUACGAUACUCCAACAAAGAAAUCUCCUACUUCUGUUUCAAACAAAAUUACAACAAUACAGGUGAUGGACGAGAUAGCCACUCCUACUGUGGAAACAGAUGGUAUGUUUAAAGCGGUGUCUACUAUAAACUAAUCAUUUGUUGAAUUAGUGAUAUACUAAAUUGGCUGUGAUUGAA